AAGACAAACAGAGACGAGGCAGCCGAGGUCCAGCUCCCAGCCGAGAUGUCGUCUGGCAGCUGUUUGCUGUUCUGCUUCCUGCUGAGCUUCGUCGCCGUCCUGCACGGCAGCGACCAGCAUUUAGACCGGCCUUUGCCGAGACCCCGCCCCAGAGGGGUGAAGGUGGGGGAGGAGCUGACGGCAAAGCUGCUCCGAUUGGACGACCUGGUGAGGAUGGAGAACGACGUCAUGGAGCCCAAGAGGAAGAGGAGUUUCCCUGGCAACAACGCUCCGCUGGACCGCCUGUCGGUCAGCUCCAUGGAAACCAAACAGACGAACAACAAGCAGAGAGUGGUGGAGUUGCCGCGGCGACGACCCAACCCGCCUCCCAUCGACAGGAUCGGCAUGAGCCGCCUACCGAACAGCCGAGGAUAGGCCACGCCCCCUCCGUCUGAGAGCCCGUCCCUCUGGACAGUGCCCUCCUCUGGACAGAGGAAUCACAGAUGCAUGAACCACAGCCAAUCACCUGCUGAGCCACGCCCACCACCUCCCCUGGACACACCCACCCCUCCAAAAUGAAUGUUUAUGGACGGUGCAUUCAGGUGCAGCUCGGUUAUUUUAGCAUGUAGACGUCCGGACCAAAGCUUGUCGUGUUUGUUUGAGUCUUAAGUUGACAGCAGCCGAUGAUUCUGAUCAGCUGAUUGAUUGAUUGAUUCUGAUCAGCAGCUGAGCUUUAAAUCAAACUGUUCAGUUUUAAUCUGAAGUCAGAAAAUUCAACGACGCCCCCUGAAGGUUGCAGUGAGAACGUCUCCAGGACCAGUUUGUUGGUUAGAUUUUAGUUUAGAGAAAUAAAAGACAACAUAUUUAUUUAACUAGUCUGAACCUGCAGCGUUUCCAUGACAACCUGUUUCAUCAACAGAAGAACAGUUUUUAUGAAAAAGUGCUGAUAGAUGAAAAUGACUACAAGUCUGGUCAUAUUGAAGUAAAACAAAAACCAGAUCUCCAUUUGUACCUACUAGUCUGUUUAUCUACUCGUUUAUCUGUUAGUCUAACUAGUUGUCUACCAACUAGUCUACCUAUUAGUGUAUCUACCUGUCUGUCUACCUACUGGUCUGUUUCCUAACUAGUCUAUUUACCAACUAUUGAUCUUCUGCUCUGUGCAGGUUGUGAAGUUAAACAUGAGACUGAAAACAGAAUCAGAAAUAAGAAAUCAGAAUUCUGAACUCCAGCAGCAGAUUUCUGUGUAUUAUUGAUUAAUUAUGAAUCUGUCAGAGGAUCGCUGCAGGUUCAGACGGUAACAUCUGGAUCCUGUCAGACAUCAGCAGUAAAACUGGAUUAACUGAUCACAGACCAGAAAAAUUCCAUAAAAAUACUACAGUACAAGUAAAAGUACUCAUUCUGAAGUAUAAAUACGCAAUCGGCCUGAUUGAUCAGUAAAGAGACGGGUUGGUUAAAGGAAUGUACAUCAGCCUGACAUUUCUGACUAAUUUUACAGAGUAUUAUAGUAUUUUUUAAGAGGGGUUCCCGUUUAAUUAUGUAUUUUACUGAUAGCUAAAAAAAACAAAAAAACAAAAGUGUUGAAUUUUACAGAAUCAGCUUCAAACGUCUCUUUAAAACAAACUAGUUUUAGUUUCGUCACCUGAACGCACCGCCCCGCCUGUGACUCGACUGGAGGCGUCAUCGCCUCGACUCGAACCUCCGACACGACUCGAGUUUCCUUCUCGUAGUUUUUGUUGUUUUUUCCCGGCAGGAUGACGGUUUCCACUGCAGCGCUGGAUCUCCGUGACAACUAACAACGACACCAUGUGACAGGAAACAGACCUUUAACUCCAAUUUAGUCAGUUUUCUUUGACCGAGAAUGACUUAGUUAGUAAAUAUGAAUAAAAUCUAAUCAAUGCGAGGUAAUAGAACAAUUUAAAACAUUUUAAACCACAAUUCAACAUUUCUAACCAUUUUUGGGAGUUUUUGAUGUGCUGUUGGGAAGAUUUUCAAGUCAAUUCCAGUUCAAGACUCAAAUGAAAUGUUGAGUUAUUCCUUUAAAAACACACCAGACCUUCUGAAUCUGUCCUACAGAAACCCUGAGAUUAAAUACGUCUCCUUUAACGUCGAGUUAAAUCACUUGAUGUCAUUUUUCUGCUCCGUCAGCUCUCAGCUGAACCAUAAAUCUGAUUUAAGACCAGCAGCUUUGGAAACCGUCUCCUACUGACGCUGUUCUAAAGCUUCUUUCUGCCUCCGUUUAACUGAGCUUUAAUAAAGACUAAAUGAUAAA